GACAAAAAUUAACUAGCAUAUUUUUAUGAUGAAGAACAGCAGUUGUCUUGCAUUGCCAUUACCGCAGUCCUCGUCUUGACUCUUGAGGGAAAUUGGGAGAUAUGUUUUGAGAAUGGCCGCAACAUCUGUAGAGAGUUCUGAAUCCUUGUAAACUGGGUAACCAUUGGUUAUCCCAUACACUGAUCCGUUAACCAACCCCUACACGCCAAUAGAGAAAACGAGAUAGUCAAGAAUCCCCAUUAGUCCAUAAUCUCCAAGCAAUCUUAGAUAGUAAAGCAGUGGGAACGUGGAAAAUGGGUUCUCAUUUCUCAAGCACAUGCUACAGUGGGAACACGAAAUGCUCUGAUAAUCUCCCAUGGAGACUGUUCGAAGCUGCAUGCGGGGAUGACGAACCAUUCAAUAAAGAUGGGUAUUUAUGAUGAAAGAGAAUGUGAGUGAGCGUGUGCACACCGGCGUUUUGACGAUUCUCGAAACGUCUCUGUCGUUUUGCUCAAGAGUCAAAAGAUCAGAAAAGACCAUCCAGUGAUGACGACAGAGAAAUUAAUGAAGAUCACUUAUCUCCUGCUCUCAAAAAAGCAGUUGUUCUUCAGAGCUUAUUGUUUUAGGGUAUUGCGUUCAGGGUUGUCCGAGCGUAAAGUCAAUGCAUUACAAGCUAUCAGGAGCAGCUUAAUCGAUCCUAUGAAGCAUCUUGAUAACUGGAGGAAGGGGGAUCCAUGUACAUCGAAUUGGACAGGAGUUUUGUGCUUCAGUACAGUUGGAGCAGAUGGAUACAUGCAUGUAGAUCAAUUGCAACUGCUAAAUAUGAAUCUGUCUGGAUAUUUAGCAACUGAAGUUGGUCAGCUAUCCAAUAUUACAGUAUUAGAUUUUAUGUGGAAUAAUAUAACUGGGAGUAUACCAAAGGAGAUUGGGAAUAUUUCAACUUUGCGGCUCUUGCUUUUGAAUGGCAACAAAUUCUUAGGUUCCUUACCAGAUGAGGUUGGAAAUCUUCCUCAAUUACAUAGGCUCCAGGUAGACCAGAACCAAUUAUCAGGACCAAUACCAAAAUCAUUCUCAAACUUAAACAAAAUUCGACAUCUCCACUUGAACAACAACUCAAUUUCUGGGAGAAUUCCACCUGAGCUUUCCAAUUUGACGACUCUUAUGCACUUGCUUCUAGACAGUAAUAACUUAUCAGGGUCUCUUCCAUCAGAGUUGGCUAACAUGCCAAGCUUGCGGAUAUUACAACUUGAUAACAACCACUUUGAUGGGGCUGAGAUUCCAGCUUCUUAUGGCAACAUGUCAAACCUAUUCAAAUUAAGUCUUAGGAACGGCAGUUUGCAAGGUUCUAUUCCUGAUUUAAGUGGGAUGAAAUGCCUUCACUAUUUGGAUCUUAGCUGGAAUAAUUUGACUGGAUCCAUACCAUCAAAUAGGCUUUCUAAUAAUAUCACCACUAUUGAUUUGUCAGACAACCAUCUUAAUGGGUCAAUACCUGCAAAUUUCUCAGAUCUUCCAGAACUGCAGAACCUUUCACUUGCAAACAAUUUGUUGAGUGGCUCUGUUUCUUCUACCAUUUGGCAGAAUUCGAUCUUCAGUCCAACUGCAAGACUCACAUUGGAUUUCCGAAAUAAUUAUCUUUCCAACAUUUUGGGGGAUCUUAAUCCUCCUGCAAAUGUCAGAAUAAGGCUUCAAGGCAAUCCUUUCUGUCAAAAUGCAAGUCAAGCAAACAUAACCAGCUUCUGUGGAUAUGAAGUUGGAGGGAGCAAUACAAGUGGCAACACAACCAACCAAUCAAGUGUUUGCCCGAUCCAAGAAUGUCCCACAGAUUUCUUUGAAUAUGAUAUUGAAUAUUCCAAAUGCUUUUGUGCAGCUCCUCUUCAAAUUGAUUAUCGUCUGAAGAGUCCCAGCUUCUCAUAUUUUCCUCCUUACGAACAUCAAUUUGAGAUGUACCUGGCUAAUUCCCUCAAUUUAGAACUUUAUCAGAUAUCUAUUAAUUUUUUUGUCUGGGAACCAGGUCCCAGGCUAAGGAUGUACUUGAAGAUUUUCCCUACAUACCCCUCAAAUAAAUUUAAUGGAAGUGAGGUUCUACGGGUCAGGCAGAUAUUUACGACAUGGAAUUUUCCUACUGACAACUUUUUUGGACCAUAUGAUCUGCUCAACUUCACUCUUCUGUGGCCUUAUUCUAGUGUGGUUUCGGAGCCCCAAAGCUCAGUGAUAAGCAAGGGUGUGCUGGUUGGCAUUGUAUUAGGGUCAGUUGCUUGUCUAGUUUCAGUAUCUGCUCUUGUUGCAAUUCUUAUCAUUAGAAGACAGGCAACAAGCUACCAUCACUUAUCAAGAGAACGUAUAUUAAAAAUUGAUGGCGUGAAGGACUUCUCUUUUAAAGAAAUGGAGCUUGCUACAGACAAGUUUAGUGACUCAGCUCUAGUUGGUCAAGGAGGUUAUGGGAAAGUUUACAAAGGCAUCCUACCUGACAAAACAAUUGUGGCCAUUAAGCGUGCUCGGGAAGGAUCCUUACAAGGUCAGAAGGAAUUCUUGACAGAAAUAGAAAUUUUGUCGAGGAUGCAUCACCGAAACCUUGUUUCAUUGCUUGGAUAUUGUGAUGACGAACAAGAACAGAUGCUGGUGUAUGAGUUCAUGCCUAAUGGCACACUGCAGGAUUGGCUUUCUGCUAAAUCAGGAGAUACUCUAAGUUUCAGUACAAGAUUGCGCAUUGCAUUGGGUUCCGCCAAAGGCAUCCUAUAUCUCCACACUGAAGCAGAUCCUCCCAUCUUCCACCGGGAUAUCAAAGCUACCAACAUACUUCUGGACUCAAAGCUUAACGCUAAGGUUGCUGAUUUUGGACUCUCACGGCUUGCACCAGUUCCAAACGACGAUGGAGCUAUACCAGAUCAUGUAUCCACAAUUGUGAAGGGCACUCCGGGCUACCUCGAUCCAGAAUACGUCUUGACCUUUAAGUUAACUGCCAAGAGUGAUGUCUAUAGCCUUGGUGUUGUAUUUCUGGAACUCUUGACAGGGAUGAAAGCAAUAACACAUGGUAAAAACAUUGUCCGUGAGGUGAACAUGGCAUACGAAUCUGGUACAGAGUUCUCAGUCAUAGACAACCGGAUGGUCUCUUAUCCCUCUGAAUGCGUCGAAAAGUUCUUUGCUUUGGCCCUCAGGUGUUGCCAAGAUGAAAAAGAUGCACGACCUUCAAUGUCAGAGGUUGUGAGGGAGCUUGAGAACAUACUUUUUAUGACUUCAGAAUCUGAUAUAAUUUUGCCGGAAUCCACGUCCUCUCAUUCUGAAAGUUUGACGUCACCAUCUUCAUCAAGCUACAUUCCAAAAUAUGUGUCAUUUGAUGUUUCAAGCGGUGAUCCUGUCAGUAGUGCUAUCCCUAUCAUCAGACCUUGCUGAAAAUAAGACAUCAAGAAGAAAUGGUUCAAUACAAUAUAUAUAUAUAUAUAUAUAUUUAUAUUUAUAUUAUGCAAAUUGAGAAUGCUAUAUGGUUAUAUUUCUUAAUUUUGUCUUUUGCGGGCAAUGAAUCUUUUUGGUGUGUGUAUUUUGCAUAUAGAUUCUUCAUCUUUUUUAGUGCAAUAAAAGUUUCUAGGACCAGCUAUUACUUUUUCCAAGGAGAGAGACUGUAAUUUUAAUUACGGAAAAGUUUAUUGAUUUAUCUCAA